AAAAUCGAGAAUCGAUAUUUGAAAAAUCCAAACAAGAGAUCUAACCUCUAACUUAAACGUUAGUUUAAAAUGCGUCGUACUCGUAUGCUAGUACGGUAGUGUAACAUUGCCGAUUUAUAAAAAAGCCAAACAAUGUCUCAACAAAAUGCUCACGGAGAACCGAAAGAAAGAAAAAAGAAAGAAAGUAUUCUUGAUCUUUCAAAAUACUUAGAGAAAAAUAUUAGAGUGAAAUUCGCCGGCGGAAGAGAAGCUGCAGGGAUUUUGAAAGGCUAUGACCCUCUCCUCAAUUUGGUACUGGAUAAUACCACAGAAUACCUGAGAGAUCCCGAUGAUCCGUACAAAUUAAAUCAGGAUACUCGUAUGUUAGGUUUAGUUGUAUGUAGGGGUACAUCCGUUGUACUUAUUUGUCCAGUAGAUGGAAUGGAAUCUAUCCAAAAUCCUUUUAUACAACAAGAAGGUUAAAAACUAUCGUUUUUUCUUUGAUUAUUAUUUUUGACAAAAAAUUGUUUGAAUAAUCUGAUUUCAAUGAAUUUUUUAUAAUGUAAUCAAAUAUAACUUAUUUCAUGCUGUAAACUAUAUCAAGAUAUAUAGCAAAUAAACAUGAUUUUCAUACAAAAAUAUAAA